ACCGCAAGGAUAUUUUUACAGAAAAACAAAUGUCUUUUCUUCUUCAUGUACUGUUAAUUCAUUUAAGUGAAGGUUCAAACAAUCAUUUAACAUGUCCAAAUUACUGUUUUCCUAGUCAGUAGCAACAGAGCAGCUCCAUACGCAACACUAACGAGCACAGAUUGGAGUGUUUGUUCUCUGGAUUCAAAUUGGUAAAGAAAAAGCUGCUCACUAUGGAGCCAAAGGGAUCAGUCACGUCCCCUCAGGACAGGCCGAUGCCUGAACGGAGUCUGAGCACCAGCCCUGGUCUACGCUAUGGCUCUCUUGUGAACAGCGUUUCAUCACUUGCACCAACAGAAGCGGACAAAGCAGCCAUAUCACCUACACGUGCCUACAUAGCUGUAGCUGUGCUUUGCUACAUCAACUUGCUCAACUACAUGGAGCGGUACACAAUAGCAGGUGUCCUUACCAUCAUUCAGGCAUUCUUUCACAUAAGUGACAGUAUAGCUGGACUUCUACAGACAGUUUUCAUCUGCAGUUUCUUACUUCUGGCACCUUUCUUCGGUUACCUCGGGGACCGCUACAACAGGAUAUAUAUCAUGUCGGCAGGUUUGAGUAUGUGGCUUGUGACCGCAGCUGGAAGCUCUUUUGUCACUGAGUCGUACUUCUGGCUUCUGGUGCUGUUGAGAUCUCUGGUCGGGGUAGGAGAGGCCAGCUACUCCACCAUUGCUCCCACCAUCAUUGGUGACCUCUUUACUGGGCCUAAACGGCUCCUCAUGAUCUCUGCCUUCUACAUCUGUAUCCCUGUUGGAAGUGGUCUUGGAUACAUAGUGGGGUCAUCAGUUACGAGUCUCACAGGGGACUGGCACUGGGCUCUCAGGGUCACUCCCAUCUUGGGUCUAGUGGGACUUAUCUUGCUGGUGCUCUUAUGCCCAAACCCACCCAGAGGUGCUGCAGAAACCCAUGGAGUAGGAGUUACAGGAAAGAGCUCCUACCGGGAGGAUGUCAAGUAUCUUUUGAAAAAUAAAAGCUAUGUGUGGUCAUCAAUGGGAGUGACGGCUAUGGCCUUCCUCACCGGAGCUCUGGCUUUCUGGGUGCCCACUUUUUUGUCCAGAGCUCAGAUCUCUCAGGCAACCCAACAGUCGUCUACCGAAGAGCUCUUCAACCGCUCAAACAGUCUUAUCUUCGGUGGUGUGACGGUGGCAUCGGGCAUUCUGGGAGUGUGUCUCGGCACUGGUUUAUCCAGAUGGUUCAGGAACAAAGUGCCUUAUGCUGACCCACUCAUCUGCGCUGUGGGCAUGCUGGGAUCGACCCCCUGCCUCUUUGUUGUCAUCUUUGCGGCAUCAUCAAGCAUUCCAGUUACUUACGUCUUCGUUUUCUUGGCUGAGCUGCUGUUAUCACUGAACUGGUCCCUCCUGGCUGAUAUGCUGCUGUAUGUUGUUGUACCGACCAGAAGGUCGACAGCUGAGGCUCUCCAGAUCACAGUCUGUCAUCUUCUGGGUGACGCUGGGAGUCCUUAUCUAAUAGGAGCGGUCUCUGAUGCUAUACGCAAUUCUAAACCUGAAAGCCCUGAGUGGAGUUUCCUCAGUCUGAAGUACAGCUUCCUGAUCUGCCCAUUUAUUGGGGUUCUGGGUGGAGUGUUUUUCCUCAUGACUGCCUUGUACAUUACUGAAGACAGGAGGGCAGCUGAGCGAUUGGUUGAAGAAGAUUCUCCACCACAGCCAGGUCCUGCAUUUGAGCCCGCUGUGGAACUGAGCAAUGAGAAAAAAGAGUAAAGCUGGACAAAAGCAAACAUGCAAUAAAUGUAUUUGUGAAUAUUUGAAGUUAAGUUUAAAAAAUGCAGGUAUGGAGAACAGGGCAUUGGAGCUGCCUUUUUCAUCAUUUUAAAAUUUAAAAAUGUUUGUCUGAUACCAUAUUGUGUAGAUGCACUUAAUACUUCACUCAGGCCUGAUUCAUAUCGCCUAAAAUCACAAAUUUGCUUGAAAGCGGGUACUCUGUGAUUUUGGAUAAAGAUGACCUUUUAAAAGAACUUCAUUCGCAUUUGCCUCUCCUUCUCACAGCAACACUUCAGUGUAAGUUCAAAGUGGGAGCAGGUCAUAAGCUGUUAUAAUAUUACCUCCCAUUCAGUGGAUGAUUCAAUGUGCAUUAUAUUGUUCUUGAAAAUGAAAUGCUUAUAUUUUCUGAAUUGAAAUGUUGAAAUUUUCAAUAAAUUUGUAAAAGCAUUUGUAA